AUGGCCGCGUUCGUCAUCGACCUCUGGGAAUCCAUCUUCACGCCCGGCCCCACGCCGAGCAUCCUCAAAGCCACCAACGCCAGCUUCGCCGCGCUGCUGGCCGUCCUGCUGGUCCUGCUGGCCGCCACGGCGAGCGUGCAUUUCGCCAUCCUGUCCGUCCUGAGCGCCGGCCUGUGGUGGGCGAUCAACUGGUUCGCGGGGGAGCUGGCCGUCGCGCAGGCGGCCCAGCGGCGGGAGGAGGAGGAGCACAGGCACAGGCACAGGCAGAAGCAGAAGCAGAAGCCGGCCGCGGGCGCAGCAGACGACAGCGACACCGAGGUCGAGACCACAGCCAGAGAGGCCGCGAGCACAAGGGCCAGCCAGAGGGCCGCGCCGCAGGCGGCAGCCAGGGACGAGGCCAGCAGAGGAGGCGUCGUGACGUCGCGGUCCAGCGUGAGCACCGAGGACGAGUGGGAGAAGGUGUCGGGCAGCGAGCGCGACAGGACGCAGUAA